AUGACAGAUAAACUUGCUACCAUUGUUUAAAACAACACAGAGCUUGAAUUUUUAGGCCAAUAAGACUCGCAAUUAGAAAGUACAUAUUAGAAACCUUGUUAAAAAGGAAUAAUUGAUGAACGUAGUGAUAUGAUUAAACAAGGAUUGAAAGGUGAUUUGGACUUGAAAAGUUUGGCAAGCUAAGACUAAGAUGAUACAUCCAGAAAUAAUAUCCCAGAAUUAUAUUAAAAUAUUGAUCAAGGCAACUUUAGUAUAAAAUAUGGACUUUCAAGAUAAAAUAAAUUUUUAGAUAAGAGCUAAAAUAUUUCUUCUACCUAACUUUAUGAAAAUAGAAAUAAUAGUUUUUAAUAAACUGUAAAUUAAGGUGAUAAAAUAUUAUCUGAGUUUUAUAACAAAUAUUAAAUAAAUGUACACCUCAGUUAAUAUAAAAAUGAUUAAGAGAAAUAAGAUUUUGCUUAUUCAUGCAAUAAGUAAAAAGACUACCCAGAGCAAAUUUUAAGAUGCCACUUAAAAAAUGCCUUCUUUAAUUAAUACGAAUUUAAUUCUAAUUUUUUUGUAUUGUGUUGCGUCCUCAGCUUAUCUAUAAUGACUUUAGAUAUACUAGUUUCAUUGAACUUAGCUUUUUUUAGAAGAGAUAACAUAAUUUCAGAAAGAAGCUAUAUAAUCAAAAAAUAUAUUUUAAGCUUGCACUUUUCUACAGAUUUUAUCAGUAUACUUACACUGUUAAUUCUGAUAGUAUCUAAUCCUAAUUACAUUACUUAUAAUCCAGAAAAUAAUAUAUGGAAAUAUCUUUCCAAUGUUUUGAUAUUUGUAAAGAUAUAUGGUGUAUCCCAAAAGGUGAAACGUCUAGAAUAUGUGAUCACUCUAACUUGUAUUGGAUGGUAUUCAUUGACUUUCAUUUAGAGUAAUUAAAAAAAUUGGCUUCAGAACAUCAAUAUUCAGGAUAGCGAAUAUUAUAUCAAGUAUAUUUAUUCUUUUUACUGGGCUAUUAUAACAAUGACAACAGUUGGAUAUGGGGAUAUAACUGCAACGAACUACACAGAAGCUUUAUACAUAUCUAUAAUCACAAUUAUUUUUAGCUGUGUAUUUGCUUUUUCUAUCAACAAUAUUGGUUAAAUUCUUCACGAUUUCAAAGCCUCCUCUUAAAAUCUAAAAAAUCAUAUUUAAAUAAUAGAAAAGUAUUUAAAAAGAAAAAAUGUUAAUAUUUAGCUUAAGACUCGUGUUGUUCAAUAUUUAUUUUAUCUGGAAGACUAAGUAAAUAGCAGAUUGUUAAAAGAGGAAGAGUAAGUUCUUUCUAUUUUAUCUACUAAACUUAGAGAAGAAAUUAUUUUGGAGGCUAAUUCCCAAAUAAUUAAGAAAUUUGAUAUAUUUAAAUGUUUUUCCCAGUAAACCAUUAAUAAACUCGUUUUUUUAAUGAAAGAAAUUAUUGUUUCUCCAGGUGAAACAAUAUUUUUAGAAGGGGAUUUAGAUGAUUCAGUUUAUUUGAUUUUGAAUGGAUAAAUUGAAAUAUUUAUAAGUGGAAACUAAAAUAAUUCUCAGACUAAAAUCCUUAAGGAUUUAUCAAACAAUCAAAUAUUUGGUGAAAUUGCAUUUUUCUGUUAAAAACCAAGAUCAGCUUCAGCAAAAAGCAUAAUUUUGAGAUUUUUAAAGCUAUUUAGCACAAUAUUAUACUUAAUGAGGACUAUAAAUAAGCACAACUAAAAUGUUAUUCUUGUAAACAAUCCAAUCAUAUUAUCUAGUAGUGUCCAUUACUGCAUUAAAAAUUUGAUCAUUAGCUUAUUAAUCUGA